AUGAACGUUCUGCGGGAGGCGAUGCGGAUUGAACUGCGGGAGUUCCUGGAUAAGUGUGCCGGCAGUAAGGCUAUUGUGUGGGAUGAAUAUCUGACGGGACCUUUUGGAUUAAUUGCACAGUAUUCACUUUUAAAGGAACAUGAAGUUGAAAAAAUGUUUACACUUAAGUCCGGGCCUUUGCCAACAUCUGAUGUAAAAAACAUCAUAUUUUUUGUCAGGCCUAGACUUGAACUCAUGGACAUUAUUGCUGAGAACAUUCGGAGAGAAGAAAAGGGUCGAUUCCCACAACGGGACUUUCACAUCUUGUUUGUGCCUCGCCGUAGCUUGCUGUGUGAACAGCGGCUGAAGGAUCUUGGGGUUCUUGGCUCUUUUAUCUAUCGGGAAGAAUAUCGUCUAAAUUUGAUUCCUUUUGAUGGAGAUCUGUUGUCUAUGGAAUCUGAGAAUGCUUUCAAGGAAUGUUGCUUGGAAAAUGACCAGACCACUCUUUAUCAUGCAGCUAAAGGGCUCACCACUCUGCAGGCAUUAUAUGGAACCAUUCCACAAAUCUGUGGGAAAGGAGAGAGUGCCAGACAUGUUGCAAACAUGAUGAUCAGAAUGAAGCGAGAACUGGGAGGGAGCCACAACCAGAUAACUCCAGUGUUUGACACUCUCUUGCUGCUUGAUCGCAAUGUGGACUUACUGACACCUCUGGCAACACAGCUUACUUAUGAAGGCCUUAUUGAUGAAGUGUAUGGCAUCCUUAAUAGCAAUGUGAAAUUACCUCCAGAGAAAUUUGCUCCCAAGAAACAAGGUGAAGGUGGGAAGGAUUUACCUACAGAGCCCAAGAAACUACUUCUAAACUCUGCAGAGGAGCUCUAUGCUGAGAUCAGAGACAAAAACUUUAAUGCUGUCGGUUCAGUGCUCAGUAAAAAGGCCAAGAUUAUCUCUGCUGCUUUUGAGGGGAGACACAAUGCAAAAACUGUGGGGGAGAUCAAACAGUUUGUGUCCCAGCUCCCUCAUAUGCAGGCUGAAAGGGCGUCCCUAGCCAACCAUACAUCCAUUGCUGAACUCAUUAAGGAUAUAACAACUUCAGAGGAUUUUUUUGAUAAAUUAACAGUGGAGCAAGAAUUUAUGUCAGGCUUUGACACAGACAAGGUAAAUCCCCACAUAGAAGAUCGUAUUGCAAAGAGAGACCCCCUGAUAGAAGUAUUACGACUAAUCUGCCUUCAGUCUGUGUGCAACACUGGACUCAAGCAGAAAGUGCUGGACUUCUACAAGAAGGAGAUUCUGCAGACUUAUGGAUAUCAACACAUUUUGACUUUGCACAAUCUAGAAAAGGCAGGACUUUUAAAAUGCCAGUCUAGCAGCAGGAACAAUUAUCCAGCUAUCAGGAAGACCUUGCGUCUUUGGAUGGAUGAUGUCAAUGAACAGAAUCCAAAUGAUAUCUCCUAUGUGUACAGUGGCUAUGCUCCGCUCAGUGUGCGUCUGGCACAAAUACUGGUCCGGCCUGGUUGGAGAAGCAUUGAGGAAGUUCUAAAACUCCUUCCUGGGCCCCAGUUUGAGGAGCGGCAGUCACUGCCUCCUGGCCUGAUGAAGAAACGUCAGCAAGGUGAGAACAAGGUAAUGCUCAUUUUCUUCCUCGGUGGAGUGACUUUUGCAGAAAUUGCUGCCCUUCGCUUUCUGUCUCAGUUGGAGGAUGGAGGAACAGAAUAUAUCAUUGCCACUACAAAACUUAUCAAUGGCACAACAUGGAUUAAAUCUCUGAUGGAAAAGCAUGAGGCAGAGCCAUGUUAA